AUGGAAGCCACCCAGACGCCGUAUGGCCCUGCACGGGUCCCAAAGCACUUUGUCCUGUGCUUUGAUGGCACUGGAAACAAGUUUAGUGGGGAUUCCUCGGAUAGCAAUGUUCUCAAGAUCUUUCGGAUGCUCGAUCGGAGUAAGAGCCACCAGUUCCACUACUACCAACCUGGUAUCGGAACCUACGUUACAAGCAAGUCGCUUUCUAGCCAUGGGAGAAUUCAGAAGAUCAAAUCGGCAUACCUCAAAGCCAAAGACUCCGCAGUUGGUUCCUCUUUUGACGAACAUGUGAUGGGCGGUUACAAGUUCCUCAUGAGGUACUACCAGACUGGCGACGACAUCUACUUCAUCGGAUUCAGUAGAGGCUCUUAUAUAGCGCGCUUUCUGGCCGAGAUGCUCGACUAUAUAGGCUUACUCGAAGCCGGAAAUGAGGAGCUAGUUCGAUUCGCCUGGAAGACGUUCGCCAAAUGGCAGCAGCGACGAGACGACAAUAAAGAGGAGAAGGAAGAAAAGAAGAAGCUGUUUCGCUACAUGAAAGCGUUCCGCGAAACAUUCAGUCGUCCUAUCAGUAGGAUCAAGUUUAUGGGCCUAUUCGAUACGGUCAAUAGCGUUCCCAGAUUCGAGUCGGCGUGGAUGGAAAGAAGUAAAUUUCCUUAUACCGCCCGAAGCUCGGCUCGAGUCAUUCGACAUGCGGUCAGCAUUGACGAGCGACGAGCCAAAUUUCGCCAAGACUUGAUCUCUGAGAUCAGGCCAUGGCAUGAUAAGAAACACCCCAUUCAAGAGCGAGGACGACAGUAUAUGCAGCAUCUCCGUCAUCCUCUGGCGGGCCGCAGGAAUGGAAAUGUACCUGUGCUCAGGGUCAACAGCGGUAAUAUCGGUACGGACGAUGGCGCACCACCCGCUGAGCACGAUGAGGAAGAGACGGCAUCGGUCUACCGUAGUGCCCACGCCUCUCACGAAAAUCUUCAUGAAUGCCAUCCAUACCGCGCAAGCAAUCUUGCAGUGCCCAGAAGGAGUCUGAACCUCGCCAUACCUAUACCCACAGAGUCAACCGAGGAUCUUAACUCCAUCAGGAGUGGACAGUCAGGGCAGUUGUCGCUUAACAUACCGCUCGCAACAGGCCAAGCCGACGAAGAGGAUGAGAGAAAACAAGACAUACAAGAAGUCUGGUUUCCCGGCUGCCACGCCGACAUUGGAGGAGGAUGGGAACGGGCCAAAGGCGAGGAAUGGCCAUUGAGCCAUGCGCCAUUGGUGUGGAUGGUCCAGGAAGCCAAAAAGGCCGGGUUGCAAUUUGACCCGAAGAAGUUGAAGCAGUUCGAAUGCGACGAAGAAUACGACGGAGAAUAUACCCCAAUCAACGAACACAGCCGAUGGCACCCUCGACACGAGUUCUGUCGCGAUCCUAUUCACAAGCAAGCUGGAAACGGUCAACACAUGCUCAAGCUGGCUGGUGAUGAGCGAAAGAAGAAUGCUUCCGAGUCAAGCAACAGCUUCCACGAUGCCCUUGUCGCCUCCAGCACGGACGGCUUCUUGCACGACUGUCUGGAAUUCAAUGCCGGCUUAUCGCCACUCUCCGUCAUAACCUGGCGCAUUAUGGAGUACCUUCCAUUCCGACGGAUGGACCUACAAAAAGACGGUUCAUGGAAGCCAAUUCGCUGGCCCCUCCCUUGCGGAGAGGUUCGCGAUAUUCCCGAUGAUGCUCAGAUCCAUGUCUCUGCACUGCGUCGCAUGCAGACGAAUCUCAACUACCGCCCAGGUAACUUGAUCAUGGGCGGAGGCGGGCGCGGUAAAAAGAUAGCACCGCCAGAAUACGGAAUCGGGCAAUGGGAGCUGAAAGCCCACGAGGGCGAUCCCGUCCGGGAGACAUAUGUGCGGAAGAAGGACGCGACAAUGUGUGAGGAUGAACAUCACCACUGA